AAGAAAAGAGGUUUGAUGUGGAUUACUCUGAAAUUAACCUCACCGGAAUAUUCCUCAUCGACGAUUUGUUUCCAAACACAAGUCUUCUUUUCCCGAAAAGUAUAAAUACUUCUUUUUCCUUCCAAUUUCGUGCCCUAGAAAAAUCCCCAUUUCUGAUUUCGCCGCACACAUGCUCGUCGACUCCAGAAACCCUCACUUUCCCUCGUUUUCUCAGCUCGCAAUCACUUCUCUUGGCUCAAUUUUCCGCCGGAAUUUCGUUUUCUAGCAUGCCGAGAUGGUGCUUCCUGGCGCGGAUUUGAUUCCUCUCGAGGUGGUUAGGGUUAAGAAAAAGGCGGCGGUUUUGGCUUAGCUUUGUCGGCUAUGGACGCGGUGGAGUUGCCCUAUCCGGUGGACGUCGCGGCGGCUCCGAAGCUGAUGGGAUCGGUGACGGUGAAGGAGCUCGAGGCUUGCGAUUCCGACCGUGUUUCGGUUGUCGUCAGCCCUUCCUCAAUCGAGUGUUGCAGCUCUUUUCUAAGUGAAAAAGCUGCAGUACGUGCAAUUGAUGCUUCAGAGUUGGCUUCCUGGGAUAAGAUUCUUGGCUCUGGACCACGUAAGCAGGAUAAGCAGCUACCCAGAAAUCAGGGCGAAGCCUCAUCUGGAGGCUUUCAUGACAGAUGCAAGAAUGGUCUUUUGUUGACUCCCAAGGUCGAGGGUGUACAGUUAGAACGGAAAGCAGGAAAGGUGUCAAGGAGUAGUAGUUUAUGUUCCAAAAGGCCACGUGUGGUUCAAUUGCAAGAUCCUCCCGUAGCUGGAGUUGAUGGGAUAAAGGAUCUAUCGCAAAAGCUUGAGAAAACUCAAUUGGUGAAACAAAAGAACAACAUCAGCAAGCGAGUUGACAAGAGAAGCUCGAGAGUCCCUAUAAAGACUAAAUAUGAGUCUUUCUCAGUGAAGGCGAGUUUGACAAACUUUGGUUCAGCUGCUGGAGGGAACAACUUCUUUGGAGUUUAUGGACUGAAGUCAGAUAAUCACGAUGUCACAAAACUUAUAGAAGAUCUUCCAUUGAAUGAGCUCCUUUGUGGCAAUUACGAAUCUCCCAGCUUGGGCAAGGACAAGGGGAAGAAAGCAGCAAGUGGAACUGAGACUUUUCUGCAUUCUGUUCGCAAAGCUUGCUCCACUCUUGUGCUCCCAAGAUCUGUCCAGUUGCAAACUAAUGCCGAGACAGAUAGCUGUAUAAACAAAAAAAUGUCUCCGUGGUUAUUGAGCUCUGUUUCUAAUGAAGCAAGUGGCGUCAAUGGUGAUAUAGGAGAUUCAUCCGCAAUAGAUAUGUGUUCUAGUAACAAGGACACAUUUAUCAAGUCCGAAACUCCUGCUAAUCCACUUGAUUUGCCCUUGUAUCAAUCAUUGGACAUUUUGCAAUGCUUAGCACUUCCUCCGCCGAAGGAUUUGGAGUCUUUGCUCCUGGAUGCAUCCAAGCCUGCUUUAGCUUCAAAGAAUACUCCUGAUAUGCGUUCAGGAAAGCAAAUAGCUCGCCGAGUCAGCUUGCCCCCUUUUCCUUGGUCACAUACUUCCAGUGGGCACUGCAGAACUAGUUCCGAUGUAGUUAAAUUGUCGACAAGUAAGGGUACUUGCCAAGGUAGAUGGCAAAGCAUAGGCAAGAUUGUUACAAGUUCUUUGGAUAUUGCAACUUGUAAUUUUACCGACUUGGAGUCCCUAACUUAUGAUCAGAGUCUGGUCCCUUCAGGACUAAAAGUGGCUUGUUUAGACCGUGAAAAUUUUCGUCAAAUAUCCAGUAAUCUUACUGGGCAUGGGUGGGAUUCAUUUGCAUCAUGUUCACAAGGUCCUUCUGUUACUUUAGAAUCUGGUGGCAAGACGAACCAUCCAGGAAAUGUUGGGCAUUGUCCAAAACUAUUAGCAGCUGCUCAAACGCUGUAUGACAUUGCAACUCAUCCCUCGAGGCAAAACCUUGAUAGAAUGUUAAGGUGGCCAAAGAAGUCUUCACAAAAGGCCAUGAAGGCUCGCAAGUUGAAAUCUAAUGAGAAAUCUGAAGAACGACAUGCAACAUCAGUUUCAAUGCUGCAGUCCGAGAACCUGGCUAUAAGUGAAGAGAUAAUCCCGUUAAAGAAGCCUAAGCUCUCCCAUAUCAAUAACAAAAAGGAUUUCAAUCAUAUCCAAAGAGACACUGUGAAUUGGUCUGCUCCCAGAUCAAGUAGAUCGUCUCCCGGAAAAACAAUCAAAGACUCUGUCGCUGCCGACUCGAGACAUUCAACCGCCAACAUUGUAAAGCAAUCAUGUAUGAUGCCCCCGCCACCAGUAAGAGUUUCGGACAAUGCUUCCAAUGGUCCGCAUAAGUUAAGAAAGUUAAUGCCCUUUGAAUGGAACAGAUAAAAGGGGCCGGCUACACUGAUUAGUGUCAUUUUUUUUUUCCUUUCACAUAAGAAGCUCAUUCCUUCUGACGAUUGCUGUUAAUUUGUUAAACGCCCUAUUGAGGGGUCAUUGGGAAGUAGUCGUUUUUAUGUAUAUAUAUCCUGUAGGUGGAAUGGCAAUGUUCAAUGUUGUAAGCGUCCAUGUUGUAACUUUGUAACUGGAAAUGGGAUUGUUUCAGGGGGUUCUACUUUUCACAAGAUGAAUGGGGUUGUCAUUUGUACCAUUUAGGACAGUUGUAAAACACAGCAGCAGGGAAUUCUUUGCAUCCCCAUGUCUCUCUCUCUCACUCUGUUUAGGGAUUUUCAGUUCUAAGAUAUUUGGUUCCUCAUCUUCUCUUUUUCUUGUUUUAUUCAUCUGUACACAUUUCGAAGUUGUUUAACGCGAAACAAUA